AUGGAAAAUAUCAUCACCAGAUUCAGUGUCCCUGCAAGGAUUAUUACUGAUAAUGGAAUGUGCUUCAAAUCUGAGGAAUUCAACACCUUCUGUGAGGAGUAUGGCAUCAAAAUAUCCCAUUCAUCUCCAUAUCAUCCUCAAGGUAACAGGCAGGCUGAAUCUAGCAAUAAAAUUAUCCUCAAAAUCAUCAAGAAGAUGCUAGGACAAAAUAAAAAAGGGUGGGAUUCAAAAUUGAGUCUGGCACUUCGGUCUGAUAGAAUAACAAUCAAGAAGUCCACAAGAAAGUCUCCAUUUGAAUUGGUUUAUGGCAAGAGAGCUGAACUUUCGUUGGGUAAUCUUUUGCCUAUCCAUAGAUUUAUGAUACAAGAGGAAAUUAAUGCGGAAGAUCCUUUGCAGGAGAGGCUUGUUCAGCUAGUAGAGCUUGAUGAGAUCAGAACAGAGGCUCAGAGGUAG